AUGGAUCUACAGCAGCUGAUGGCUCUCCUCAAGGAACUGCUCGAAGAACAGCGAAGGCAGCACACAGAACUGGUUCAUAUACUCUUGCACCGUGUGGAAGAUGGAGCUGGUGACCGAGCCAAGACUGAAGAAGUUCCAAUGCAGAACGUAAUGGCCGCAUUGAGUAACCGGUUCGGAAAGUUUGUGUUCGAUGCCACCUGGCGGUGGGAUUUUCCAGAUAGUACUCAAUGUACAAGGAAGUGUUCACAGAAGAUGCACGACAAAUUCCUGAAGCUGCAAGGGUGA